AUGAGUUCAUCAAGCAGUUUAGGUUCAUCUGCUGCAAGUGCUUCUACUUCUUCCAUUGAUCAAUUUGGAGAUGAAAAUGCUCCUCUUUGGGGCUGUGUUACAAAAUUAGUUAAAAGGGGAGAAGGAGGAAAUGGUAAUACAAAAUUUAAGUGUAAUUUUUGUAACAUUGAGUACCAAUGGUCAUAUUCUAGAGUAGAUCAAGAAGCUGAGAACCGGAAAAAAAUGGCAAAGCCAAAAAAUGUUCCUUUACCACCUCCAUCUUCUCAAAUUAAUGCUAGCCACAGCGGUGUAGAAGAUAUUAGAACAUUUAGAAUGGAAGGUUAUGCACCAAGAAAGAGAAAGGCAAUUGGGAGUAGUCCUUUAGAUAAGGCAUUCAAUCAAAGUGCUAGAAAACAUUUACAUUCUUUAAUUGCUCGUAUGUUCUAUUCAGCCGGUUUGCGUUUCCAUUUGGCUAGGAAUCCAUACUUUGUGGAUGCUUUUCAAUAUGCUGCAGAGAAUCAAAUUGUUAGGUAUGUCCCUCAUGGAUAUAAUUUGUUGAGGACUACCUUACUUCAAAAAGAAAAGGCAAAUAUUGAAAGGUUAUUGGAACCAACUAAAAAGUCAUGGGAUGAGAAGGGGUUGAGUAUAGUAUCUGAUGGAUGGACUGAUGCACAAAGGAGGCCUCUCAUUAAUUUUAUGGCAGCAUUUAAUGGUGGAGCUAUGUUUAUAAAAGCUGUUAAUUGUGAGGGUGAGACCAAGGACAAGUAUCAUAUUGCCAAAUUAAUUAGUGAAGUGAUUGAUGAAGUGGGUCCUAAUAAUGUAAUUCAGAUAAUUACUGACAAUGCUCCUAUUUGUAGUGCAGCUGGACCAAUUAUUCAAGGUAAUUAUCCGAAGAUCUUUUGGACACAUUGUGUAGUGCACACUCUUAAUCUUGCUCUUAAGAACAUUUGUGCUGCGAAGGAAAUUGGAGUUGCUGCAUAUGCUUAUGAUGAAUGCCAUUAG